CACGCGACCGACCGAUUGACUGUAAGGCGGGAGUUGUUGUCAACAGCUUACAGGUUUAUUUGAUUCAUUUUUCGUUUGGUUUUUCCUUCUGGAUUUCCACAAAGUAAACUAAUACAAAUGUCUUAGUUUGGAGUGGGAGGAGCCUAACCGAGCUGCUGCAGCCAUGACUCAGUCAGUUGUUGUACAAGUUGGGCAGUGUGGAAACCAGGUGGGCUACAGGUUCUGGGAUCUGGCCUUGAGAGAGUACGCCUCCGUCAACAAGAGGGGUCUGUACGAUGACGCCACCAGCAGUUUCUUUCGAAACGUGGACUGGAGGAAAGGUGCUGCCUGCAGCGUCGGAGGCCAAAUCCAGCAUUUGAAAGCCAGAGCGGUCCUGGUUGACAUGGAGGAGGGGGUGAUCAGCCAGAUCCUGCAGGGCCCCCUGCGGGAGCUGUUUGACAGCGCUCAGCUUCUUACGGACGUGUCGGGUUCAGGGAACAACUGGGCCACCGGACACAUGACAUACGGAUCAGUCUACAGGGAGCUAAUUGUAGACAAGCUGAGGAAAGCCGCAGAACUCUGUGACUGUUUGCAGUGCUUCUUCCUCAUUCACUCUCUGGGAGGGGGGACCGGUUCUGGUCUGGGAACCAGAGUGCUCGGCCUGCUGGAGGAAGAAUUCCCAGGGGUGUCCCGGAUUGUCACUUCCAUGUACCCGUCAGCAGAGGAUGAUGUCAUCACGUCUCCCUACAACAGCGUGUUGGCCAUGAGAGAGCUGACGGAGCACGCUCACUGUGUGCUGCCUGUGGAGAACCAGUCUUUGAUGGACAUUGUGCAGAAGAUUCAGAUGGUUGCUCAUGGAGCUAAGCCAGAGUUGAUGGUCAGAAGGAACGCCACGCUUUCUUCUGGACAGGGUGGAGUUCAUGAGGUGGAGAAGCCGUUUGAUGCCAUGAAUAAUAUUGUGGCUAACCUGCUGCUCAAUAUGACCAGCUCUGCACGGUUUGAGGGCAGCCUAAAUGUGGAUCUUAACGAGAUCGCCAUGAACCUGGUUCCUUUCCCACGCCUUCACUACCUGGUGCCCAGUCUAACACCUCUGUACACGCUGGCAGACGUCAACGCCGUCCCCAGAAGGCUGGAUCAGAUGUUCAGCGAUGCCUUCAGUAAGGACCAUCAGCUUAUCCACGCCAACCCAAAGCAAAGCAUGUACUUAGCAUGUGCUCUCAUGGUCAGAGGGAACGUACACGUGUCGGAUCUCCGCAGAAACAUCGAGAGACUGAGGCCAUCGCUGUCGUUCGUGUCGUGGAACCAGGAAGGCUGGAAAACGGGUCUGUGUUCGGUGCCACCUGUUGGCCACUCCCACUCCCUCCUGGCUCUGGCUAACAACACCUGCAUGAAGCUCAACUUCAUGGAGCUGAAAGAGCGUUUCACCAAGCUCUACAGGAAGAAGGCUCACUUGCAUCACUUCCUACACGUGGAGGGGAUGGACCUGGGCUGCUUUACGGAGGCCACGUCCUCCCUGGACUCUCUGAUCGAGGAGUAUGAUAGUCUGGACGCCACCAGAGCCCAAGCCACGCCUGACCCUCCCAGACUUAGGAUUGCCACUUGAAGGUCUGGAAGACUAAAGACUUUAAAGAAAAAAUGGAAUCUUUUAAGUAAAAACCAAACAUUUUGCUUGUGAUCAGGCCAACCACAUCUGCUCCAG